CAACGGGCACACUGUGACCAGUCAGAUUUUCAAGGGAAAACAUCUGACAGCAAAUAUAAUAUUUUCCCGAUGACGAGCGUCGAGGAUAACCCGUUCGCCGCUCUGCUCCAGGAGGGCACCAAUGCCGAUGGCGUGUCCCACAAGCUGGUCGAGGAGGUGCUCCUGUUCACGCUGAACAAGGCCUCCUCCGCCCCAGGCCUGUGCCUGGCGGACGUGGUGGUGGACACCAGCGAGGAAACGCUGGGGGAAGACCUGGUGGCCCACGCCCUCUUCGAGCGCCUUAUGCUGGGCGAGACCGGCCAGUAUGCAGUGGGCAACGCCAGUCCGGAGGCCCUGGAGCCGCGGGCAAUGUGCUACCUGCGCGGAGCCUUUUCCCGAUGCGAGCGGAUUCAGGCCGAGCGGAAAACCGACUGCUCCAAGGUCCUGGCCCUGAUCCUGAACAAUGCCAGCACCUGCAUGCGCCAGCCGGAUCUCUUUGCUCCACAAUCCUUCGCUGCCCAGUGGCUGGAGAUGUUCGAGGAGGCCGACGAGCACGACACCAGCACACAAGAGUUCCUGGUCCGCGUCGCCUGCAAGGUGGUGGAGGAGGACGAACCGAUCGAGGCCCUGGGCGCCCUCAAGGCCAUCUUUUACCCGAUGCUCACCGAUCUGCAAAAGCUCAUUGCGAAGGAGAACCUGAUUACGGUCAAGAAGAACGUCUUCUGGAUCCUGGGAUUCUUUGUGCGCGAUAAGCGAGCAGCCGUCCUGGGAGAGCUACUCAUUGACUUUACCACUCCGAAUCCCAAAGCUAAAGGUGGCGAGUACAUGGACACUUUGCUGGGAAGUCUUCUGUGCAUCUCAAUCUUGCCCAAGACCCAAACGGCCAAGUACGAGUUUUUCCAAGAGCUAUCACUAAACCAAACGGACGCCGCCCUGUGGGGUGUUUUAUCUCAUCACCAGCAGUCCACUUUCCUGCUCGUCAAACAGUUGCUUGUUCUGUCGCCCGAGACCAAGAAAAAGACACUCCAAUGGCUGGCCAAUUGCCUGGAUGCAAAUGUGUCGCGCGGUCACUUGUGGAGCAGUAUCAAUCUGAACCUAGAACAAACGGUUCACAGCACGGCCAGCGAUGCUUUCAUGACCAGCCUCUGUGCAGUUCUCACUCGUCUCUGUGCUCCUCUGUGUUUGCCCUCGUUAAAGGUUCUUCUAGUGGACCCUACUUAUUGUGCAGUGCCGGACAAGGAUCGCCAGGCGAAGGGCGUGAGCCUGCUAAAGGCCCAUGACGAGACCUGUCUGCUUCCAAGUGAGGAGGGCGAAGAGCGUCUAACGGCUGAAAAGUACAAUUUCGUGACGGAGAUCUUCUACAUGACCCACAAAUGCUUCGAACUUGCCCAUCGUCCCUGCAUUGAACGCCUCACUCGCGUUAUGCGCGAACUACAAAACACCCAGACGGCCUACGGGGAGGUUCUGAACAGCGAUCCCAACAACGAACUGACCAAAAACCUGUUCCGCAUGAUGCUGGAACAGAUGCAGCAGGUGCUGUGCAUAAAGAACACGCUGUCCGAGCCCACAAAUGACACCGCCUUGCUGAAGUUCUUCGAGGCUUCGGCGAUCUGGCUGACGGAGGUGGCAAUGCUGCCGCGUGAGAUUUUCGAACAGUGUCUGGACAAGCGGGACUUUUCCCCACAACUACAUCGCAACCUGGAGUUGCUCUCGGACACGCCGCCCUUUGUGGCUCCUUAUAUGCAAUCCGUGCCAGAGGGCAUUAUAGACAACAUUUCGGCGUAUUUGAAUUUCUGCCGGCGACUCAACGGCGAUCAAUACAUCCAUAUUUAUUUUUCCGCCCAUGAUGCGUUCUUCAAGAUGAUACUGCUAUUCAUGGGCAGCUCGGGGCUAGUAAAAAAUCCUCAUCUUCGUGCCAAACUAGCCGAAGCCCUGGAAUUUCUACUGCCCACACAGAUUCUUGGAAGCAAUCGACAGACUUUCGUCACUCAUGUCUUUGACAACCAUUCGGAUCGGUUGAAGGUGGUUCGCAGUCUGCUGAACGUCUUCGUUAGCAUCGAGAUGACCGGACAGUCGGUGCAGUUCGAGCAGAAAUUUAACUACCGCCGGCCCAUGUAUGCUAUAAUGGAGUUUCUGUGGACAAAGCCCGAGCACGUGCAGUGCUUCCGGGACUUGGCCAUCGAAGCGGAGGAAAACAUGGAGGCCAUUGAGCCGCCAAUCUUUCUGCGAUUCAUCAAUUUGUUAAUUAAUGAUGCCAUCUUCCUACUUGACGAGUCUUUGUCCAACCUGGAGCAGAUCAAGCAGCUGCAGCAGGCUCAGGAUAAUGGUGAGUGGAAUGCGCUGUCGCAUAAUGAGCGCCAACAGCAGGUGUCUAACCUUCAACACUUGGGAAUGCUGGCGCGCUUUGACAACAUCCUCGGAAGGGACACUAUUAACAUCCUGAAGCUUCUGACCACGGAGAUCAGGAGCAUUUUCUGCCACAACAGUAUGGUGGAUCGCAUUGCAGCCAUGCUGAACUACUUCCUGUUGCAUUUAGUUGGCCCGAGGAAGGAACGCUUCAAGGUCAAGGACAAAAAGGAGUUUGAAUUCGAUCCGGCUCAGACGGUGCUGGAGAUCUCUCACAUCUACAUCAAUUUGAGCACUGAUGACAGCUUCUGUUUGGCGGUGUCGCAGGAUGGGCGCUCCUACAGUGAACAGCUUUUCGGCUACGCCGAGAACAUUCUAGUCCGGAUCGGAGGAGGCCAACUGAUCGGCGACUUGUCCGAAUUUGCCGUAAAGGUGGCGCGAAUGGGAGCUCAGUAUAAGGAGGAGCAGGAGCUGCUGGCCGAUGCGCCCGAAGAGUAUCUGGAUCCGAUUAUUUCCACGCUUAUGACGGAUCCUGUCGUGCUGCCCAGCUCCAAGGUUACUGUGGAUCGUUCCACCAUUGCCCGUCAUCUCCUAAGCGAUCAGACCGAUCCCUUCAAUCGCGAACCACUCACCAUGGACAAGGUCAAGUCCAACGAGGCUCUGAAACUGGAGAUCGAGCAGUGGAUUCAGGGCAAGCGAGAUGCGGCCCGCUCUAAGAGUUGAGGGAGCAUCGCAGCCGCAUCUGCGGGCACAGCUGCCCAACCAAAGAGUUAACUCCAUGGGAUAACGGAUCAGGCAAUAGUCAAUGUUUUUUGUUCAUAAGAAUUCCAGUCAUACAUAAUGUUGUGUGUAUGUUCAAUCCUUGUACAGUUAGUGGUUUUUGAAGUUUAUUCUUAAUCUAUUUUCCUUAACGGUCGAAUAAAUGUUUCUAUAUUCUCAAACUGUA